CAGGGAUUGAAAACUUUGAUAUCAAAACAGAAGGGGAAGGUUGAUGCCGAAUUUCCUACAGGCCGCGGUGACAUACUUUUUCAACGAAUGGCAGAUCCGAGUAGCAGUUCUACUCAGUCUGCUGCUGCAAACCGUCCUAAUUCCUGCCGGUAACAGGAGAAAGUACGCGACAGCAACUUGAAUCAGAUUCAUUCUCUGGCUUUCCUAUCUAACAGCAAAUUCGGUUGCGACAGUUUCACUUAGCAUCCUUUCUAAAUAUGAUAAACCUCAUGACUCAAACUAUGUAAUGGCUGCUUUCUGGGCGCCAUUUCUUCUGGUCCACCUUGGUGGUCCGGACACAAUCACGGCCUUUGCGCUGGAAGACAAUGAGCUAUGGCUAAGGUACUUGCUUGGGCUGUUUGUUCAGUUUGGGGUACCACUUAAUGUCUUCAUUAGGUCCUGGGACGGAUCUCCUCUCAUCUAUUUAUCCAUUCCGAUUUUUGUUGCCGGAGUGGUCAAGUAUGGUGAGAGGACUUGGGUUCUAAGAUCCGGACCGAGGUCUAAUUAUUCAAAAUUCAUGGAAGAAUACAGUUCAAAACAAGCUGAGGGAUACAAAAUUUCAACGGGAACGGUAACCCAAGGUUCGAAAGUUGUGGGCCGGUCUCAAUCAGCUGUAACAGGAUCUGAUGAUUUGGAUGAUGUAUAUUACUUCUUCAAGACUUUCAAGCGUCUCUUUGCAGAUCUCAUCCUCAGCUUUCAGGACCGAGAGCAGAGCCAAUCGAUCUUCACUCGACAGCCAUGGAGCAAAGUGCUAGAAUUAAGGAUAUGA